GACUCGGGAGCGCUUAUAGUCUUGAAUGCUGCUGUUGUAAAUUCUCUAUCUACGUUUGCGUAUGCAUUGCUAUAUAGUAGUACUACUGAAAAAUCUUCUGGAUACAAUGCCGGAACCGACGCUUCGAUUUCUUCCUCUCUUGCUGUGGCCUUGACUUGGGAACAUCUGCGUCUGCACGAUCGGGCCUCGCGCGCUUCGCCACAUCAUAGAGAGACGAUGCGCUCCCGCGCUGAAGAAGGCCUGCUGCAGGUGAUGGUCAGUUGCGGUCAUUCCAGCCAGCCAGCCAGCCAGUCAGUCAGCUCAGGCGCAAGCGCUGGGGGCGGAAACGCUGCCUCAGCCUUGUUCUCCUGAGGCAGCCAUCACGAUAGCCCAAACACCACUCUCGACGAUAACCUGAGCCCUGUACCCUCGAAAUUCGUUCAUCACCCUCUUGACGAUGCCCGGCAACGAGCUCCGCCUGCUCGCCCUCGACGGCGGCGGCGUGCGCGGCCUGUCCGCGCUGAUGAUCCUCGAGCAGCUGAUGGAGGCCGUCGACCCAGACGCGCCGCCCAAGCCGUGCGACUACUUCGAUAUGAUCGGCGGGACCAGCACUGGCGGGCUCAUCGCCGUCAUGCUGGGCCGGCUGAGGAUGAGCGUGGCAGACUGCAUCACCGCAUACUUGUCGCUCUCGACGCGCGUGUUCCGCAAGUCGCGACACCGCGUGACGGUCAAGGGCCAGAUCCAGGGCCGCUUCGACUCGGAGGAGCUGGCGCGGGCUGUGAGGGAGGUUGUGAAGCAGCAGGGCCUGCAAGAGGACGCGCUGCUCAAAGACGAGCCCAAUACUGUAUGCAAAGUCUUCGUGUGCGCGACGAGCAAGGAGACCAGCGAGACGGUUUGCCUCACGAGCUACCGCACACCGCGCGGCAGCAGCGACCUGCUCAACAGCGUGACCAUCUGGGAGGCCUGCCGGGCGACGUCGGCUGCCUCGUCCUUCUUCGAUCCGAUCGCAGUCGGACGGUUUGGCGAAGAGUUCGUGGACGGUGCGACAGGGGCUAACAACCCGGUGCGAGAGAUGUGGGAUCAGGCGCAGCUGGCGUGGGGCCCAGAGCCGCUGGAGGGGCGGGUCAAGUGCCUGGUGUCGAUCGGGACGGGGGUGCCGUCGCUCAAGCCGUUCAAGGACGACGUGCUGCACGUUGGCAAGACGCUGGUGGCGAUUGCCACGGAGACGGAGCAGACAGCAGAGCGGUUCCGGCGCGAGCGGCCGCUGCUGGACAGCACAGGGCGAUACUACCGGUUCAACGUGGACCGGGGGCUGGAGGACAUUGGGCUGGAGGAGGCCAAAAAGGUGAAAGAAAUGGCGGCAGCGACGCGCAGGUACAUCGCGACGCAGGCGGUGCACAAGCAGAUGCAGGCGUGCGCGGGCAGCAUCGCAGGUAGAGAGUACUUUGGAGUGUAUCAGACUGUCUUCAGCCUCGAGGGCGUCCCCAGAGUAAGAUGGUUCGUGGACCGACCGGCGGAGAUGGCGAAGCUGGAACAAGCGCUCCUGCCCAGACAUGAGCUGAAUGGUCGACAGAAGAUCCACGUGCUACACGGCCUCGGUGGCAUGGGCAAGACGCAGCUGGUGGUGGAGUUUGCGCGGCGACACCACCGGCGGUUCAGCGCAGUGUUCUGGCUCGACGGACGCAGCGAGGACAGUCUCAAGCGGAGCGUCGCCAGCUGCGCGGGCAGAAUCCCUCAGGGCCAGAUCCCUGACGUGAACACGUCUUAUGCCACAGGCAGCGGUGCGGAUGUAGAGGCGGUGGUGAAGGAUGUCAUGGGCUGGCUUGCGCGGCCAGACAACAGUGCUUGGCUGCUCAUCUUUGACAACGUCGACCGAGAGUACAGCAAGAGAGGUCGUGAUCCAGAUGCAUACGAUGUAAGGCGCUACCUCUCAGGGGCCGACCAUGGCUCUGUGCUGAUCACGACGCGGCUGGCGAAGCUAAAGCAGCUCGACAAGUCGCCGCAGCAGCUGGGCAAGGUGGACCACGAGCAAGCGCAGGCGAUUCUGAAGACGUGGUAUGAGAGGACCUAUGACAUGGCCGAAAGCGAACGCUUGCUGCGGCUGCUUGACGGCCUACUGCUGGCAAUUGCCCAGGCGGGUGCGUAUCUGCAGGAGAGCGAGGUGGGGCUCGAGACGUAUCUGCGCUUCUACGAGCAGCAGUGGAGCGAGCUGAUGAAGGCGGACGAUAUAACAGACGCGCCGCUGCAAGACUACCCAGACCGCAGCGUGUGGACGACGUGGGCCAUCUCGUACCAGGCAAUCCGCGACAAGCACGAGCACACGGCCAACCUGCUGCUGCUGUGGUCAUUUCUGGACAACAAAGGCCUGUGGCACGGGCUGUUCGCAGCAGCGUGUGAGGCUUCAACGGGUGCUGCAAGGAUGCUAUCAGCGUGGGUUGGAGAGAUUGCGCGGAGCGAGGUAGCGUUUAGCCGGGCGAUGCAGCUGCUGCGCAACUACUCGCUUGUCGAGGCGGUGGAAGAGACAGCGAGCUAUGCGACACACCCAGUAGUGCACCGGUGGGCGUACCACUACCAGGGCAAGCAGUCAGCGAGGGAGCUAGGUCGGCUUGCAGUGGUCACUGUUGGGUGGGCUGUGCCAGAUCAGUCGAAGAGCGAUUGGGCAGCUCUGCAACAACGACUUCUUACUCAUGCCCAAGCGUGCUCUAUACACGUUGCAGAUAGUCAGUCAGUGCAACUGUCUAGCAGCAACGGCAUUUAUGGAGCAGACCCGGACAGCGUAGAGGGGAGAGAGGAUGCACUCGGCCCCAAGCACACGUCGACGCUGAACACAGUCAACAACCUGGGCCUUCUAUACGCAGACCAAGGCAAGCUGGCAGAGGCAGAGAAGAUGUACCAGCGAGCGCUGCAAGGUUACAAGGACGCACUUGGUGAUGCGCACGUCCGACAGUACAUACCUGCACUCAACACAUUAGAGAACGUGGGCGACCUUUACAUCGAGCAAGGGAAGCAUGCUGAAGCACAAGAGGCGUAUUCAAGCGCGCUACUUGGGCUGCAGAACGUCCUUGGCCAGUCGAGCGAAAGGUGUGAACGGCUCCAAGCUAAGAUGCAUGCGUUGCCUAAACCACAAACAAGUGAGGUGGACUGUACGCAGCCUCCAACUGUUGAAGGUAUUCCCAAGUCAAGACCGCAGCAGCAGAAGACGACAAGACGUCGGUUCCGGCAGUAUGUAAAAAAUAUUUUCCAGUAA